AAUGUUUUUCGGUAAUGUGUCGGGGCACAUCACCAUUGAAUAUGCCGAGAUGAAAAAGCAGACUUAUAGAACCGUUCGGAAAACAUAAGUUCUUUGAUUUGACUUAUAUUAAAUACCACCAACUUAAACAAAAUAUCUAAAUUGAUAAAUCUAGUGUACAAUUCGCUGGACAAAUUCCGAUGGUAAAAAUAUUCAAGCCCAAAUACAAAGGGGCGACGUGAAGUAACGGGGACCAAAGUUAUGGCUUCUGGUACAUCAUCUCUAGAUAGUGCUGGAAGUAGCGAUGGAGUCUUUAAUAUUGAACGGGAUAGUGGAGGCUACGGCAGUGUUGGAAGUCCAGUGGGAGGUCCUGAAUGUCGUAGCGAUUACGACGGAUUGCAGGCACAAUGUGAUCAAGCUAUGCACGAACUCCAGUUCCUUAGACAUAAGCACUCAGAUACAGUUAGACGGAAUGAACAUACUAUGAAAGAGUUGGAAUAUUAUCGAGGACAACAUAUUGCAGCAAUGAAUCAGCUGGAAGCAACGUCACAAGAAACUUCAGCUCUUCGGGGUAAAUAUAGUGACCUUAUCAAUGACAAACAGCGGCUUGAUCGUGAAGUUCAAGCACUGCAGAAGGAAGUCACUGAAUUGAGAUGCCAGAAUCAAGAAUGCCUUGUUGUAGAUUCGGGAAACAGUGAUGCUAUUAAUCAGCACUAUUUAUCGGUAUUGAGAAAGUAUGAAGCUCUUAAAGAUGAAUAUGAUGCUUUAAGAAAGCGACAUGAUGAUCUUUUAUCAGCACAUUCUUCUCUUAAAAAUAAGUUGGAGUUAAUUGAAAAAGAAGCAGCGAGGUGGAAAAAAGACCAUGAUGAUGUUAUUCAAGAACGUAAUAAUGCAUUUAGAGAAAGAAAUGGAUUGAAACAACAAUGUACAGCCGCAAUAAGACAAUGGGAUAUUGCCCUGCGUGAAAGAAAUGAAUACCGCGAAGCAUUGGCAAAGCUUCAACAGCAACAUGAAGAAGCGGUUAAGGAAGUUAAUCAAGGGAUGGUCCUUCGCAUAAAAGCUAGUAAAGAUUUAAAACGUCUAACUGAAGAAAGAAAUUCAACUUUACAAGAGUAUAGGUUAAUAAUGGGCGAACGGGACACUGUUCAUAAAGAGAUGGAAAAGCUUGGGGAUGAUUUGACAAAAGCUUAUGAAAAAAUAGCAAAAUUAGAAAAUCAAAAUAAACAACAUGUUGAUGAGAAAAAAACACUUUCAUUUCAAAUCGAGACAUUAAGACAAGAGAUAUCAUCGGCUCUGUUCGACCGUGAUAAAUAUUUACAACAAUGUGAAGACUUAAAACAUAAAUUUGGUGAUUAUUCAGAAGACUCGAGUAGAGAUUACAACAAUAGAUUAGAACUUCAUUCUCAUAAUCGUGAACGAGAUAAUUCAAAUAAAGAAAUUGAGAGAGAGACUAGUACUCGAAACUACGCCAAACGUGAGAAAGAACAAAUGGACAAUUUAGAUCAAGCCAAUUUAGAGCUAGAUAAAUUAAGAAAAUCUGUGGAUACUUUGCAAGCUGAAUUAGAGGAAGCAUUACAAGAAGCCGAGGUAUCAAAACGACGACGUGAUUGGGCAUUUAGUGAAAGAGAUAAAAUAGUAUUAGAACGGGAGAGUAUGCGAACUACGUGCGAAACAUUAAGAGCAGAAAGAGAUCAGGCUGUUACCGCACUCGCUAGAGCUCUUCGUGAUUCAGAUGAUAUUAAAAAACAGCGAAAUGAAGCAUCUAGAGAGCUGAAAGACUUGAAAGAAAAAAUAGAAAAUGGUGAUCAUUCGUUACGAUCAAGUCAAUAUCAUGAUGAUGAUGGUAUGGCUGAGUGGGAUAUUCUUUCAAUUCCCAUCGAUUUUGGUAGAGUUUGUCAGGAUGAAAGAGAUCUAGGUUUUGUUCUUGCUGGUGGUCGCGAAGAUCCAAACUAUCCUAAUGAUACUGGUGUUUAUGUAGCUAAAGUAACUAACGGAAGUGUUGUAGAUGGAAAAUUGAAAGUUGAUGAUUGUAUUAUUCGUGUUAAUAAUGUUGAUUGUUCUACUGAAUCGACGAGAAGAAUUUUAGAAAAUUUGCGUGAUUUUGCAGUAGAAUCAUCGGUGACAUUAACCGUUCGAAGAAGAAGAACUACUCGACGAUCAUUGAGAACAAUUCAAUUACCAAUUGGUUCUGUACCGCAUGGUAUAUCUUUAGAGCUUGGAAUUUACAUUGCUAAAAUUUCACCAGGUAGCUUGGCUGCUACAGAUGGAAAUUUAGCUGCUGGAGAUAGAGUUUUAAAUAUUAAUAGUAAACCAAUGGAGGGUGUAACUUCAACUCACGAGGCUAUGUCUAUUUUAAAUGACACUUCCGUUGAUGUAUUGACGAUUACAACCUUGAAGGGAAUAGCCUUGUCAUCAAUACUGAGUACUGAUACUAUUGAUAGUAGUUUUGGUUCUGAUAAACAAAAAAUGGUAAAUAGUUGUUCACAAACAGAACAAGAGAGAAUGAUGUUAAAGGCAACAUCAGAUGAUUAUGAAAGACGUUAUAUUGCGUCCAAUUUUGGUGAUAGAAGUAUCUAUAAAGUAUCAAAAUCAGUUAGUAGUGAAAAAUCCAGCGGAAUAAGCAAUGCUUGGGGAAAUUUCCGUGAAAAAAUAGAUAUUGUCACCGGUAGAAGACACAGUAAAGAUAGAGAUGAUAAAAAAAAGCGUCAUAGAAAUUCAAGUCCAAAUACAUUUGAACAAGAACAAGAUGCCAUUGCUGAACUCGAUUCUGUCAUUGAGAGCUAUCAUAAAAAAACAAAUAAUGGAGUAUUUAAAAGAAGUAAACGAAGAGGCACUGAGAAAAUUGAGAAGAUUGAGAAAAAUGGAGGUACAUGGCCAAAAGCUCGUGGUGGACCUUUAAUCCAAAAUGGUACUGGAACGAUUCUUCAACCUCGAAAAACAAAAGAACGACUUCCAUUGAGUGUACUUUUAAAUCAUCCACCCAAAUACGAAAGCUUCAAUUACAACCGUACUUUCAACCCGGUUCCGCUCUCAACGUUUUCAAACGUAAGCAAUCGUCAUACAGUAUAUAAAGCCGUAGAAUACCCAAUUUCAAAUUUAAGUAAAUCUGGUCAACUUUUUGGUCAGAAAUCAUUUUCUCCUGCUGUUCAGUUUAAGGAUAUGUCACUGGACAGCAAGAAGCCUUCGACGGAGUUCGAGACUACGGAGAGUCGGCUAAGCUCAUCUCAUGCACCUUCAGAGACAAGUAUGGACUUUUCAGUAAAAUCAACAGGUCGAGAGCCAGAUUAUGGUCACGCAAAACGACGUACCCAAAAGCCGUAUACUUCAGGUAGUCAUGAAAAUCAGUCAGACGCUCUACAGCACAAUCGCGUUCAUUCUCAACUGUACCCCCUGGUGACGACUUCAGGAUCUUCCUCAAGUGUGCCAAGACAACAGCUUGCUGGUAAUUUUUCGUUUCCCCCAUACGCGCACUCACAUCCACAUCCACACCAACAAAACUCUUUGCCGUCUCGUUACCCCUCGCCACCGUCCUUGCCUUCCGCACAGUCUGGAGAGUUCAUUGGACUUCCAGAUGUACGAUCUUUUUGUUUUGAGCCCCCUUAUAGUCCUGGACAACCAGGAUUUGGUCAUUUACAUACACCAUCUGUAGACUUGCACUAUCACAAAUCUCGAGGGCAUCCUGCAGGUAUCGCAUAUGAUUUACCUGGAUACACUCAUGGUUAUGAAGGAGGGACUUUUCCGAGGAAAAAAGAAAAUCAGAGGUUUAGAAUACCAUCAAAUCCUAGUGUUACAUCUAAAAGUAGCGUUGGAAAACUAUCCACGGGUAGUAUUGAAAGAACAUCCGAACGAGGUAGUCCUAUGCCAACAUUUCAUGUUGAAGUUUUGAGUCCUGGUAUUGGAGGUACUAACGGAGGAGGAGCUGUACGGGGAAAUUCUAAUGUAAAACGAGCUAGUAUGCCCGAUUAUUUUACCCAACCACGACCAGCACCAGGAGAACUUCGAAGAGUCCAUAUUGAUAAAUCUGUUGAACCUCUUGGAAUUCAAAUCUCGUGUUUAGACAGUGGUGGUGUCUUUGUUUCCACCGUUAAUGAACACAGUUUAGCUUCACAAGUUGGAUUACAAAUUGGAGAUCAACUUCUUGAGGUUUGUGGUAUCAACAUGAGAAGCGCUACUUACGAAUUAGCUGCACAUGUACUCAGACAGUGUGGUAAUUCUAUCACGAUGUUGGUCCAGUACAGUCCAGAUAAAUACAAUGAGCUUGAAGGUUCAGGUACUUCAAGUUCUUCUGAGGCAGGUGGAGAGGAAGGUGCUAGUCGAAGUGGAUCACCAACUCCUUGCAACAGUCCUGAAGCACCUCGAAAAACAACUUUAGAGACUCUUGAACCAAAUAAACUUGAACGAGAAAAAAUAAACACUUUAAUGCCACCAUCACGAGAGCGAGAAGUUCGAAGUUCAGCUUCAAUGGAAGUUCGUGGAACUCAAGAGCGUGAAAGAGAAAUUCGACAAUCAGCAUCAUUAGAUAUUAAUAUAAGAAAACCUGAGCUGCGUAAUUCAGCAACAAUUGAUUCUUUACGGAGCGCUGGUAAUACUUUAACUCGAAGUCAAAUAAAUCAAGCGGUAACAACACUGCAACGGCAAAAUGCUACAGUAAGAAGUCCAACACAAGAAGAACAAAAUCAAAAAAGUCCACCAACUAUUGAACCUCGAUAUUUAUUUAUAGAAACACGUAAAUGUUCAAAUCUUGGAAUUUCUUUGGUUGGUGGUAAUGGUGUUGGUAUUUUUGUUCAUUCAGUACAACCAGGUUGUCUCGCUGAAGAUGCUGGACUAAGAACCGGUGAUAGAAUUUUAGAAUACAAUGGUGUUGAUUUACGACAAGCAACUGCAGAACAAGCAGCACUUGAAUUGGCACGGCCAGCUGAUAAAGUCACUCUCGUUGCUCAGUUUAUGCCGGAAAGGUACAACGAAGUUAAAGACAAACCCGGUGAUAGUUUCUAUGUCAAAGCAAUGUUUGAUCGAGUAGGUGAAGUUGGUGACAGUUUACAAUUACGAUUUAAAAAAGAUGAUAUUCUAUAUGUUGAUAAUACAAUGUUUAACGGAACUCCAGGACAUUGGAGAGCUUGGCUUGUCGAUAAAGCUGGUAGAAGACAACAAUGUGGUAUUAUACCGAGUAAAUUUAAAAUUGAAGAAGAAUUAUUGUUAAGACGAUCACUGGGUGACUUAGAAACUGAUACAGGAAGGCGGGGUACUACCAGUGCAAGAAGAAGUUUCUUUAGACGGAAAAAGCAUCACAGAUCGUCAAGUAGAGAUAGUAAAGAACUUUCACAGCUUACUGGAGUUAACCUUGGAUGGUACAGUGACAGUGGAACUUUGAAUGAAGAAAAUGUACCAGCUAGUUAUCAACGUGUUGAGAGAUUAGAUUAUCCAACAUUGCGACCGGUAUUGAUUAUUGGUCCAUUAAAUGAAUGUGUAACAACAAAAUUACUUCAAGAAUUUCCUGGAGAGUUUAUUCGAUGCAUACCAGAAGCAAUGCAUUGUUCACAAGCAACUCUUGAACAAGGAAUACGAGAUUUUCAAUAUGUUGAUUACAGAAAAAAAGGAAGUUAUUUUGAAUGUACAACUGUAGAUGCUGUGAAAGAAAUAUGUGUUAAAAAAUCCCAUUGUAUUUUGGACAUAUCUGUUGCCUCAAUAGAACGUCUUCAUAGGCAUCAAAUUUAUCCAAUAGUUUUGUUAAUAAAGUUCAAGAGUACGAAACAAAUAAAAGAAGUUAAAGAUUCGAGAUAUCCUAGUGAUAAAGUAAGCGCCAAAGCAGCAAAGGAAAUGUAUGAACAUGCACUCAAAUUAGAGGCUGAAUAUCGUCAUUACAUUUCUACUGUUAUCUCUGCUGGUGUAAAUAUAGCAUACAUAUGUACGCAAGUGAAAGCCGCUGUUGAUGAAGAGCAAAGUAAAGCACUUUGGGUACCUCGUGGACAAACUUGACAUCAAAGGGGCCCCCACAAACCACAGUGGAAGUCAAUCUAAAUCCACCAGGGGGCCCCCUAUGCCUGACACAUAUCAUUCAAGAGAAACAAUCACAUUUUUUUCAAUAUGUCAACUAACUCAAUGUUAUCGUUUCUCAUAUUAUUUAUUCACGGUUUCUUCUCAGUUUUGAAGCUAACCAUACCUGAUUUUUAUUACUUAAUAUUAUGGAAUUUAUUUUUUUGAUUUUAUUGUACCAUGUUUUAUAAUUUGUUAUAUCAAGUCCAAUAUAUUUACAGUUUUGUUGGAGAUAACUUAGUUAGUAGAAUGAUAUUUAAUAUAGUAUUGAAAUGACUGCCAGUUAUAAUUAACUUUAUUAUUAUUAUUAUUUCAUUAUUAAUUUACAUUCAAUUCGAACAUGAAUAGCGAAGAGUAAAGGUUAAUUACAUAUGGAAUCAUUGAAACAUAAGGUCCGGUUUUGAAUAUUUUUUUUCAUUGGUAGGUUGUACAUUUUAUGAAAUAAUUAUAUUAUUAUUAUUAAUAUUUCUACUUAUAUUAAGCAUAUGCUGAUUCUUGUUUUUUGAGUCUAGAAAAUUCUAGAAACUUGAAAAUUUUUUGGGGUAUUUUUUGAAAAUGAUUUCUGAUGAACAUACAACUCAAACUAUAUCAUAAACAAUAUAUUUAACACAAUAAUUAUUAUUAUUUCUAAUUUUAUUAAAAUGAAUAUAAUUAAUGGAAUUGAUAUAAAAAAAAACUCGCGUAUAUUAUUCGUGAAAUUGACUAAGAGAAUUGUAAAUAACUUAACUCUUUUUAUAAAUAAUACUUUCUUGAAAAACGUCUCAAGUUAAAAAAAGUUUAAGAAUUUUCGUUACGAAUUCGAAUAAAAAAAAAUGUUUAGAAAUUUAAAAUAUUUUAACGUGGGAUCAACGUAAACAGGGUUAUUACUGAAUUAUAAUUAUAUAAGGUAGUAUGUCAUAUGAAAUAAAUUGUUUUACGCACUUUUAGUAACUAAUGCAAAUGGAAUUAUAUUUUGAAUGAAUCGACUCUCUGUUGUCAUUCAUAUUUAUUGUUACACUAUCAAUAAUAAGAGUCAUUCAUUUUUUUAAAUACGUUUUAUCAUAUUCUCUAUUUUUUGAAAAAAAAUUUUUUUUAAGACAACAAAAUUUUACAAAUCGAUUAUAAAAAUAUUUUAUCAUCCUAUAAAAUAUAUAUUUUUUUUUAAUUUUUUAAUCUAGGCGACAAUAUUUAAUGUAGGUUAAUUAAUUAAGACUAAAAAUUUUAAAAAUACAUGUACGAUUAUCCAGUGAUUUCAAAGAAUUAGUGCAAUUGUAACAUAUCAAUACAAAAAUUGUCGGCAGUAUUGAAAUUACUGUGUAAAAUUACAAUUAAAAAUCAAAUGUAUUCUUUACAAACUUUAUCGUUAUCGACUUAUAAUAGUGUAAUCAUUAACUUUAUUUCUAUAUAAAAUUAAACUUAAAGCAAAGUUGUUCAAUUAAAACAGGAUAAAGGUGAUACCGUUGAUGUUCUUAAUCACAAUUACUGUGAUACCUAUUAAAAGUUUUUACAAUAUUGCCAUAGAAUUCCAUUAAGCUUCCUCGAAUAUUAAUAUAUUUAUUAACUAUCAACUGAGAUGCAAUAAUUGUUAUCGCUGUUAGCGAUUUUUGGCAAUACUACGACGUAUGAUAUAUAAUAAUUCAUAAAUACCUAAUAUACAGAUAUAUUAUGAACCGUGAUCUUUACUUCAAUGAUUUUGGAAAUUUUCGAAGGAUUAUGCACCCUCUAAAUGUCUUUUGAAUGUGUACAAAAACGAAUUUCUGUAAUACCUAAAAUCUUAAUCCAACAAUCAUAACGCCGUAAAAAAAUUGUUUUCCUGCUUUAUUUUUUUUAUGUUUUCUUUUCAAUAUUCGAUUCGUUGAAAUAUAUAAUAUCAACGAAAACCAUGCAAAUUUUCACACCAUAUUAUUACUAUUUUUGUUCGAGUGAUAAAAAAAUUUUUAUUUAUUUUCUAUUAAAACUUUUGCAAAUUAAAAUUUAUUAAACGUUUUUUUUUUUUUUUAUUUUUUUUAAAUGACACGAUAAAAUUUAUUUAAAAAUAUGAUUGUUCAUAAUGUUUUUCAUACACGGAUAUUUUUUUGUAUUAAUGUUGAUUUCUUUAGGUAUAUGACAAUAACUUCCAAAAUCAUUGACGUGAAGUCCAACUUAAUGCAUAUGAAUUUAUAUAUGUAUACAUAAAAUAUGCACUUUAGAUACUACAUAUAAGCACUUUUAAAUGAUAAUGUUGCUUAACAUUAUCAGCUGUAGCAGAAAGAAAUUACUUUUAUCUUGAUCAAUUGAAUUUAAUAUAUAAUACAAUUCUAAGAUUAUAAAUAUAUACGUAUAACUAAAAUUUUUUAGCAAUUUUACAAUGUGACAAUUGUCAAGAUACUUACAAAAUUUAAUACUAAUAAUUCUUAUUGUUGUCACUAAACUAUUAUUCACUCCAUUUUCAUAUAACUGUGGUUUUUUACUUGAUUUACAACAAAUUAACAAAUUAAUUUAAUAAUGACAAUCGCACACUAUUAUUAAAUGCACUGAAACUAGUAACAAAAUUUUUAAUAAAAACAAAUAUUUUUUCUUCGAUUUAGUAAAAUUAUAAAAUUGUCUAUUUUUAUGAAUAACAGUUAUGGAAAAAUUCGUCCAAAAAAUUAUAGUUUUUGGUGAAUUUUAAAUCAUUAAUGGUACUUAUCAUUGAGAUUGUAUUUAAAAGAAACUCUUUUAAUAAAAAAUCGGUUUUACAAUAAACGUACCAGGUGUGUUAACAGUGAAAUUUGUAGUCACAUCUGUCAUAAUGUUAAAGUUCCUCCGUAUAAGAAAGUGAUUAAAUUUAGAUGUUUUUAAAGUGAUUGAAAAUUAAAUUACGUAUCUUGGUUGGUAACCAGAUGAAAACAGUAUGUUGUAUAAGGUUGAACAAAUUUAUAAUAAUUAAGUAAUCAAACAGAUUAACUCUAUAAUCAUUCAUUGCAUCUAGAUAUCUUGUAAUUUUUCCAAUGGAUACCUCAUGUACGUUCAUUAUAAAAUAUUUAAAUUACUUUUUAAUUAAGAAAAAUUAUUAAAACUUUUAUCUGCGGAGGCAAAACUGUCCUGUGAUUAAACGUAUAAUAAUCUUACAAAUUGUUAAUAAUUAAAGAAAUAUAAGUAUUUUUAACGA